UAAAACUAAACUAAUAUAGUCUAAACACUUUUGUAUUCUGUAUUGAUAUUAAUACUGUAAUUACAUUAAUUUAGAAAAUAUUAUGUACAUAUAAAAAUUAUAUAGCGACAUUUUAAAAAAUUAUUUCAAGAAUAUUUAAGCCACGCUUCUAAAAUAUAAAUUUAAAAAUUAUUCGAAUAAACAUAAUUUCGGUUUUAAACGGAAAAAAAUUCGAAAGUGCUUUUUUCGAAUACGAACUUUGCAGUUAACUUGGAACGAAAGUCGAAGAAUACAAUGAAUAUAUUUGAAAAAAUGAAAGGAGCUGGAGAUUUACCAGCAAUGACAAUGCCGAACGAGUUUGCUUCGUUGCAUCCAGAUCAUAUUUUGUUGGAAAAUUUUCAAAAUAAUGUAAAAGAAUUCUAUCAGAAGCAAUUGGAAGAAGCUAGAAAUGAACUGAAUGGAUUAGAAAAACAUUUGAAGUCAAAAACGGAAUAUCAUAAUGAAUUAGAAAAAAAACUAGAAAGACAGCAAGAUGAGUUGAUGAAAUAUAAGAAAGAAUUAGAAAAUCUUGAAAGUUUAUGUAGUAAAAUAAAUAAGUCAAUUGAAACCGAAAGCAAUGAACUGAAGAUUAUAAGUGAAGAAUAUAAUAAUGCAAAGAAGUUAAAUGAUGCAGCUAAAGCAGAAGAAGAAAAAUUGCAAAUUGAAAGAAAAAAUUUAGAAAUAGAAGUUGCAAGACUAGAGGCUUUAAAAGAAAUCACUUAUUCAGAAAAGGAUAAUGCGCAAUGUGUUGCAAAAAGAGUAGGAAUUGAGAAAUCUGCACUGAAAUCAGAAAAUUAUCAAAUAGAUAUGCUGAUUAGCAAUCUCCAGGAACAUCUUUUAACUGAAAAAGAAAAAGCAAAUCUUUUUAAAGCACAAUGUUCUGCUCAACAAGAAGAAUUAAGUACUUUGAAAGAUCAUGUAAUCAAAACAAAAACAGAAAUUAAGACAAUUCUUCUGGACAAUAAAAAUUUGCUUUCAAUGUGGAAAAACAUUUUAAAUGUUAUAACAGAAAAAAGUAUAGAUAUUGUGAAGAUUCAAGAAUUAAUUAAAGAACAGCAGGGAAAAAUAUUAACAGGAAAUGCCAAACUGAAUGAGUUAAAAAAUAGAUCCAUUAGAAAAGAAUUAGAAAAAAAUGAAUAUUUUAACUUGACCCGAAAACAAAUUUUAUCCAAACUUGCAAAUAAAGAAAGAAAUAAAGAAAAGCAUAACACUGAAUUGCAAAAUAUAAUGGCUGAUAGUACAAUAGUACAAAAAACAAUUUGUGAAUUGGAGAAACAAGUAGAUCUUUGCAAUGGUCAAUUAUAUGUAAAAGACAAGAUAAAUGCAAAUUUAAGAAAUCAAGUUCAGAUAGCUGCUUCGCAAUGUAAAGAUAUAAAAAAGGAAAUCAUGACAAUAUUGGAAGAAACAUUUUUCCGAAAUAAUGUUUUCAAAAGUUUGAAUCAAAAAUUAACUUCUUUGAUGGAACAACUACUUGAACAGACAAAUGUUAAAACUGAAACUGAAAAUGAAAUGUCAAAACUUCUUUUAGAAGUUCAGAAUGUUAAUUCUAAGAUACAUCAACUUCAAUUAGUAUAUAAUGAGCAAAUUGAAAUAAUUGAUAAUGAAAAAAAUAAAUUAGCUGAAAAUGAAAAAGAAAUUUGGAAAAAUAUGAAGCUUUCUUCAACAAAACAAAAUCUGAUUGCAACUUUAACUAAAAAACUUGAAGACAUGAUUUCUCUUGCAGGGGGUGUAGAACUUGGACCAUUAGAGAGAGAGAUUGAAAAUUUUAAGCGUGAUAUAUGUAUAUUAGAGAAUAAAUAUUUAGAAACAGAAAAAUUAUGGAAAAAUCAACAGAAUGAAAUGAUAAAUAUGAGUGAUGAAAUUGCAGUGUCUCUCAAAGAAUUGAGUUUUGUCAAUAAAGAGAUUGCUGUUUUAGGAAAGCAAAAUGAAAGAUUAAAUGGUAAAUUAUAAAUUCAUUUUUUAUUUCAAUAUAAAGUAUAUCAAUAUCUGAAUACCAUUAAAUGUGUGUAAAUACUCCAAAUAACCAUUAAAAGGUGUUUAUUUAUUUCUAUAAUGAUGAUUUUUGCAUACAGUGGACCCUGUUUACCCAGAUUUCUAGUUUUUUAAAUUAUAAAACAUAAUUCCUCUCUAAAAAGUAUGAAAGAUAGACAUAUGAAAAACUUAUAAAUGCAAAACAAUCAAAGGACUCCUAAGUAUAUUCUUACCUGAGUGUAAUGUUGCAACUUGCAAGAAUACACUUGUUUUCAAUGAAUCAGCAUGAUGAUGAUAAUUGUUAUGAAUUCUGUGAAGGUAUUCUUUGAGUUUAAUUAAUACCUUGUUGAAUCUUUUCUACUCUUUUAGGAUUUUCAAUUAUAAAAAAAUUGCUUUUCCUAUUGAAUAAAAAUGUUCUCACGACAGUCAAUUUGUUAAUAAGUUUAUUGUUUGUAAUCUUGCAAACUAUUAUUCAUUCAGUACCCAUAGCUACUAUUGUUUCACUGGGUUUCAGUCAUCUUCAAUCUUUUGUGAAGUAAACACCAUUAAAACGAUGUCUAAGUGGUUAUUAUGAUGGAGAAGAAAUUAGAAGCAUUUGGUAGAAUUGAUAAAUGUGAAAUUUUGAGGACCAUUGCUGAAGAGGUCAGAGUUGAGACUUCUGCUGUGUCAGAUUCAAAGAAGAAUCAAAGAAAUUGAAGAGUUUUGUUGCAAAAUGAUUUCCAAAAAUAGUCUAUAAACUUGAGGAACAAUAAAGAAGGCAAAAUAUGCAGGAUUGUAGCAUUCUGAUAUCAGGUCCAAUUUUACAGGAGAAAGCACUAAGUUUAAAUAGCAAGUUACCUGAAGGAAAUCCCUCAUUCAUGGCUAGCCUAGGUUGGUUAAACAGAUGGAAAACUCUUUGUGGUAAAUGUCAACUUGUGUCUAGUGCAGGGGUGGCCAACAGUUUUUGCCCGAGCUGAACUGGAAAGAGAACUUUUUCCACAGGCCGAACUAGAGGCUGCCCUAGGAAGAUUUUGAGGUGGUGCAAGAUCUCAUUGUGGUGUCACCCGUAGAGACUGAAUUGUGGAUAGAGAUUACAGAUAAAUUUUUCACGUUAUCAUGCUUUAUCAACAUU